AUGUUGUUCUCAUACUCAGCCUGGUUUCGUAAGGGCCCCGGCCCUGGAACUGUCAUCACCCUUGACCAACCCGUCCCUUCUAGGUGGAAGAUUCUUGAGAAGCUGAACGAGCAUGACUAUCAGGUUAACGAGGAGGAAAACGAUGAGUAUGGCUUCCGUUCUUUCGCCUCGGCUAAAUAUAUAUGCUGCGAUCCCAGAUCCCAGACCAAGAAAGCAUUUAUACGUAUCUACAUUCAAGGCUGGAGUAACACACCAAAACUUCUCGGAUAUAAGACCGAUAAAAAGGAUCGCUCGGGGCUAGUUCCGGGUGGGUUCAUUAUCUGGCUUGUGUGGGAGAUCGUCCCAGGGUUGCGCCUCGGAGACGGCAAUGGCGCUGACCCAUUUUGGGCUCUUGAAAGCUACGAAAGGGAGCAGGUUCGCUUGGCUUUUCUUGAGGCUUUAUCUAAGCUGCAUAAGAACUGGUGGUUCCCCCGUGUGGGCGGGGCAAGCAGCCUAGUUUGGCACCAGGAGACGCAAACACUCUACUUCAUCGCACCCUUUGACAAGGCCGGCAAGCCCGAACGCCCGAUUAUGUCCGGUGCCAACUGGAUUGCGCAUUUCGAUCUCGCCAACCUCUACGGAUGA